GACAUAGUCUUGUGGUCUAGGAGUAGAAUGAAAGUAUAUUUCAUAGAGCUGACUGUUCCAUGGGAGGCCUUAGUUGAAGAAGCAUAUGAAAGGAAAAAGCUCAGGUAUGUAGAGUUAGGGGCAGAAGCAGAACAGCGAGGAUGGAAAGUUAGGAUUUGUCCAUUGGAAAUAGGAUGUAGAGGAUUUGUAGCAAGGUCUGUUGUCUCUUUGGUGAGGGAGUUAGGAGCAAGUGGACAGAGUGUGAGGAAAAUAAUAAAGAACAUGUCAGAUGAGGCAGCAAGAUCAGUCAGUGGAUUUGGAUGAGAAGAAGUAAUGGUAGCUGGGGGCCCAGCAGGGGGAGCACUUAGGAUAGACAGACUCUUAGGAGAAGCAAGGAAGAAAUCCAGGAAGAGGAAGUGUUUUUAAGUGGGGGGUGUGGCCUGUGUGAGCCUCUUUGAAACCAUGCGGUUAGUCCAGGGGGGUGGCUGGCAUGUGUAGUCCUCGUGAAGGUUUCACCCCUGAUUGGAAUGACCUGCAGCUGGUGAAAAGACAAGCACGAGCUCAGAGCAGAUAUCCCUCAAGUAUCAUGACAGCAAGUGGGGAAUGAACUGUGGUUUCUGUGCUGGUGGAGGAUGAUGGGAGCUUGGGCAGCUGUGCUAAUGACUUAUAGCAUCUCUGUAGGGUUUGCAAAGACCUCUGCAGAAUCUGGGUUAAAAGGUCAAGUACCACUGGAUCUGGCUCCAAACGCUGUUGAUGACAUGUACACUGGUUGCAAAGACAAGAUGGACUACAGAGUGAAGAAGCAGUACCUGCCAAAUGAGAAAAACAAGGACAAAAAUUUCACACUUGCCAGUGGUGAAGCAGAGAAAUAUUACAACAAAAGAUGGAAGCGUAGAAAAGGGAAGAGACCUUCCACGGCACUGGGGAAAGAACAGAUCAUGGCUAUUUAUAUUUAUACCCUUGACAAACCAAAUGUUUAUCUUGAUUUCAAUAAUGCUGUUCGAACCCAGAGAUCCGUGUACACGACCACAUUCAGCUAUCACACGCUUCACUUUUUCCUGACUGACGCCCUUCAAACCCUCAACUCUCGGAAACCUGAAGUGGAUAGAUGUGUGACUGGCUACCGUAGAGUCAACAGCUACUUUAGCCAAGACGCUGUCAAUAAGAUGAUUCGCUUUGGAUCUUUUACCUCCAGCUCACUGGGCUGGUACCCCAGCGCUGACAGAUUUGGGGACAAGUCAUGCUUUGAGAUCCUCACAUGCUUCGGAGCAGACAUCUCGCUGUACUCUGAGCUUGGAGAGUCAGAAAGAGAAGUGCUGAUUCCUCCUUAUGAGGUCUUUAAAGUCGCAAAGAUAGAGAGGAGAUCUUUCCAGCGGAAGCUGCCAUGUGAGGUGGUCUAUAAACUGAAGAGUACACGCAAAACUCUUUCCAAUUUGAACUGUGCUCUUUUCUGAAACAAGCAAUUCCACAUGUUUUACUGUUACAUACAAUUCACAAAACAUGCAAAAACACAGUUGAUUAAUUGAAUAAGUUGACAAAAUAAAAUUCAGUUUAAAAGUUGAACAGCCAGAGGUGCAGAUGUUGUACUGCGCAACCAAUGUUAGAAUGAACCCACAGUGAGAUAACUGAUUAACUGUUAUGAUGGAUCUGUAUUCAUUAGGAUAUUACAUUACUUUUUAACCCAACAUAGAGACAGCGCACUUUAGCAAAAGUUGAACACACCAUGUACUGAAGAAUAUCAGCUGUGAGGUGAAUUAGAAAUAAUAAAUGACUUUAAAGAGUCUUUUAAGAGCCUGAUAAAGUGUCUGCUAGUAACACAUUGCUCUGUCUUCUUUCAUAAAACUGUAAAUGAAUAUUUCUAUCAAGAAAGUUGGUCAUUGUAUACAGUAAUAUUAAUACAUUGUAUUGAUUUGCCCAUGUCAUCUGCAUUUAAAUCUUUUUACACUGUUAUUGUACCAAAAUAUGCCAUAAAAAUAAAACAUCCUGGUU